CUUGAGAGGACGGGAUCACAAAAUUGGGAGUGACAUGCUCUGAGGAAGCCACUGGAUUUGGACUUUUUCUCAGGAUCAAACUUGGCGACAGCACCCAGAAAACUGAUCAUACCGGAGAACGCAGAGCCAGCUGCUGAUCAGACGGAUGAAUGUCUGCUGUUAUAUUGAUCCAACAUGGAGGUUCCGCUUGCCAAAGAUUUCCAGUGGCAGUCAUUAGCACCCCUUUCUAGUCCACGAGUUUACUGUUCACUGAUAGAAGCUGGAGGACAAAUCUUCGCUAUUGGAGGAUGUGAUGAUACAGGAAACCCAAUGAAUACUUUUGAGGUCUUUUCUCCUGAGAUCAACCGUUGGACUAGCUUGGCGCACAUGCCGUCUGCUAGAGCUGGAGUUGCGGUGGUUUCUGUGGGCAAGAGAAUCAUGGUGGUUGGAGGAGUGGGGGAAAACCAGAUGCCUCUUAAGGUAGUAGAAGUCUACAAUAUUGACGAGGGCAAAUGGAAGAAAAAGAGCUCCUUACGUGAGCCUGCCAUGGGCAUAUCAAUCACUGCCCGAGAUUGCAGAGUAUAUGCUGCAGGAGGAAUGGGUUCAGAUUUGCGUCCACAUUGUUUCCUUCAGCAGUUUGACAUGUUAAAGGAUAUUUGGGUCCAUUUUGCACCAAUGCCAACACCUCGCUAUGGUUCUACAUCCUUUCUACAAGGCACCAAAAUGUAUGUAUUAGGAGGUAGGCAGUCUAAGUAUGCAGUCAAUGCCUUUGAAGUGUUUGACACUGACACCCGUUCCUGGACCAAAUUCCCCAAUAUUCCCAACAAAAGAGCAUACUCAACAUAUGUGAUAAGUGAAGGAUCCCUCUACAGUUUAGGAGGAUUACGACAAGGGGGAACAUACCGACGGCCAAAAUUUACAAAGACUGUGGAUAUAUUUGAUAUGGAACAAGGUGGCUGGAUGAAGACAGAUCGUUCCUGCUUUCUAAGAAAAAGAAGAGCUGAUUUUGUUGCAGGGGCAAUACAUGGCAGAGUUGUUGUGGCUGGAGGUCUUGGAAAUCAACCUUCAGUUUUGGAAACAGCAGAGAUCUUCCAUCCAUUGAAGAACAGGUGGGAAAACAUAAGUCCCAUGCCCAACCCACGAUGUGCUUGCGCCGCUAUCGUCUUGAAGAACAGGCUGUAUGCUAUUGGCGGAGUAAACCAGGGCCCCAGCUCUGCAGUAGACAUGCUGAGUUUAGUAGACUCUUGACUAAGGUGUUUGCAUUUAGUAUGUUGUAGUUUCUGUACAGUAGGUUUGUUUCAGAGUGUGUGUUUUAUACUGUGGGCAUCAGACUGUUUGCCAAGCCACGUAUGCUAUCCUGUAUGCAGGGCAUCUGGAAUUUCUGUGCAUACAUGAAGAAUGAGGUUGCUAUUGCCAAGGGUGAAAUUCAAACAAUGUAUUUAAUAUUGAUUAUCAAACCAUUUUCUAAUUACUUUGGAGAGAAUCAAGGUGAUUUUGGGGUGAUAAUGACCAACUGAAAAAUUCUAUUGAAAUGUUUGCAAGUUUUUAAUCUGUUAUGGAAAUAUUUUUACAUUGAUCUGAAUAUUGUCUUACAUCCCGCGAAGUUGUUAAUAAAUAUGCAAACCUAUAUAAAAUGAGAGCCAAUAAACAAGCCGUAUGUACCCUUCAAAAUACAUGGUUUAUAUACAAUAUUGUACAUGGCACACCACAGGCACAUUAUGAUUUUUAUAUCAACCAGAAAACUAUACCAAGUCUUGUUAUUACCUUAGCCUUUUGCUUUUGAGCAGAGGCAUAGCUAGGGGUUCAGCACAGAGGGGUGAAACAUAUUGGCGUGUUUACAACUGCAGAGAUCCUUGUUUUCUACGAAUCCCGCUUCAUCUCCACUAGAGAUAGGCAGGAUGCAGGAGGACAGCAAUACAGAGAGGGGCGUUGCCAAAUUCUCAAUCCAACUGACCCCAAGUCCUAGCACAAAAGACGUAUUUACAUGGACAUUGUAGUCAGUGCUUCCAAACAUGCAGAAGAAUGUAGCACCAUAUACCUCUUACAUCUAGUAACGUCUCCUCUGAUGCAGAUGUGCUCGUCCUCAUCUUCUUCAUUCGGACCACACCGCCAUGACAACAUCUUUCAGCCACAUCUCGUCUCUGCAAAGUUUGCCACACAGACAUCUUAAGUUCAUCUCUUUUCCGUCAUUCUCUCCUCUUAGUGCUCCUAUCAUGCUGCUGGUCCCCUCUAUACUGUGCUCCUACAUGCUCCCAAAUACUAUACUGCGUAAAUAAUGAUGCUAUACAAAAUAGUCCCCCCCC